AUGGGGCUGGUCGACAAAGUCCGGCCAGCACGAUAUGUCAUGUGGAUGAAGCUCGUGAUUCUUGGAUAUACGGUGGUCCGAAUCGUUGCCAAUCUGUCUCUGCUGUACCCGUUUGAAGAUGCCAUGCGGCAGUAUUGGGAAGAGGAUGACUGGCGAUCGUAUGCUGGCUAUCCUGCGCGGUGGGCUUACAUCUGCGAUGCCAUUGUGCGGCCCGUGAUCACGGGCUUGGGAGUCUUCUGGUUCAUAUAUCGGAGAGAUCGCUUUGAUGCGAAGUCGUUGCUGCACCGUUGGAGCCGGCGCACGGUUUGCCUUCUCGCUUGUUGUGUUACGGAUGAUUGGGUCUAUUUCUGGUGGUAUUGUGACCUGGCUACGGUGUAUUCAUUGGCACUUCCUGCUGGAGAUCAGACCUUCCGGUUUGAUUGGCCAGGUUUGUUGUAUGAUUUUGUGCUGGUGCUCAGCAAUGGGCUGCAACUGCACAUGGCAAAUCUGAAGCUCCAGGCGUUGGGUUGGAUCCGUGUGGCGCGUCUCUGCGCCGUGCUUACGACUGUCAUCGUUGCAGCUCUUCUUGCCUUUGUGCUUGCAGAUCACUUGUGGUCGUUUUGCAUUCUGAUGCUGAGUUGUCAACAGGUUUUGUCGGCAGAGCAGUUUCGAACCCUUGACGAGAUGUACAGAGCGGCACAUGUAGCUUUCAACUGGUGGAUUCGUCUCUCGCCUAUUUUCCAUCGCUAUGCUGAUAAGCAUGCAAACGCCAGAUACGCAGAGAGCCCUAUGACGUUCCAUUUUGAGACGAGCCUCGGCCACGGCAUGUUUAUAUACUGGUUCUACAUCCCUGUACUUCUGCAGACUGUAGGCUUUCUCUACUCAGGGUUGAGAGCGCUGGCCAGUCCCAAGCGGGGCUCUGACGUGAAGUGGACAGUGGCCUGUUUGGCCACUAAUUGGCUCCUAAUUGUAGUCGGAAUCUUCACUUCAUCUUUUGGCCGCCAAUGGACGGCGUCGACCAUCGGGCCUACGAGACGAUUCUACAUUACAAUUGACUUCACUCUGCAAAUCUUCAAUGCUCUUCUGCUGAGCGGCAUGAUGGGACCGCAGAAGUGGGUAAACCCUAUUGCAAGCUUUCAGAAGCUAGCAGAGGAAGCCGGUUUUGGAUUGGCGAACAGGCGCGUCGCAUUUCCAGGACAGAUAAACGAGUCGGCUCAUGACUGCAUCGUCUCAUUCCCAGGCAAGUACAGCAACUUAUGGGAUGAAGCCGUGUCAGUUUCAACUGAGAGGAAGGACGUGUGCUCCUUGGCGUGCGUGUUUCUGACUGACAGAGAAGCAGGGCUAGGCCGGCACGUGGACAACCCUGACACCCCAGGGACAUGUUGGUGCCACGUCAUCUAUGGCCACAUGCCCGCCUCCGCCUACAUCAGCGUAGCUGACGCGUCUGCAAUUGACAGCCAAGCUCUGGCGUUCCUGAAAGCGGAUGCUAAGGCCAUGGGUCAGCUCCUCCUUCUCAAACAAAGCCAGGCAGCAUGGACCUGGGAUGAGCAGCUUGCCGAAGCCAAAGAGAAAGCAGAAAGCCUUUGUCAUGAAAACCACGGCCGUGCACCCUGGGGUUGCAAGUGGUUCGGGGACUGGAAAAGCAACGUCGACUCUGCUGUCCGCCUUGGCCAAACCCUGCAUGUUUUCUAUUUUGAAGACAGAGUCGGCGCGGGCAAGCUUUCCUGGGAACAGCUUGGGAAUCAAGACGCCAGACAGAGAGCACGCGAAGUUGGUGGUUUGGGUGCCUCACAGACAGCCGAAGUUGCUUACUUAGAUAAGAUGGGCCUCCCAUACGUCGAACAUGACAUCUCAGAAUUCACGGCGCUGGUUGCAAGUCACUACGUGGUCUGA